AUGUCUCGUACAGAAGCCACUCGCACGGCGUCUAACAACGAAGGAAAUGACGGGGCUCCUGAUGAUAAGAAGUCCCGCAACAGAAGACCAGCAAACACCGCUUUCCGACAACAGCGCCUGAAAGCCUGGCAGCCAAUCUUAACCCCCAAGAGCGUAUUGCCUCUGUUUUUUGUCAUCGGCGUGAUAUUUGCCCCUAUCGGCGGUCUCCUACUAUGGGCCAGCUCUCAGGUCCAGGAGAUAGUCAUAGACUAUUCAGAAUGCGCCAGCAAGGCAUCUUCCCAACCAUCAUCCAUCUCAGAUAGAGUGAAAACUUCGUUCAAGUCCAGCAACGAACAGUCUACACCGACUUGGCAGACCCUGAACGAAAAUGGGAAAACCGUCUGUCGUCUGAUUUUCGAAAUACCCGAUAGACUAGAACCGCCCGUAUUCAUGUACUAUCGCCUGACCAACUUCUACCAGAAUCAUCGCAGAUAUGUUAAAUCACUCGAUAUUGAUCAGCUGAAGGGGAAGGCCGUUGACAAUAAAACUAUUAGUGGGGGAUCCUGCGACCCCCUCAAGCUUGACCCUUCGGGAAAAGCGUAUUAUCCCUGCGGUCUUAUCGCCAAUUCGCAAUUCAAUGACACGAUUAGCAGCCCCCAGUUGCUUAACGGUGAUGAUGCCCAAACUUAUUACAUGACCAACAAAGGCAUAGCGUGGGACAGCGACAAGCAGCUUAUCAAGAAGACCCAGUACAAUAAAUGGCAGGUCGUCCCACCUCCUAACUGGCAUGACCGCUAUCCCCAUGGAUACCUUGACGGGAUACCAAACCUUCACGAGGAUGAAGAGUUCAUGGUAUGGAUGAGAACUGCAGCUUUGCCGGCGUUCAGCAAAUUAUCGCGGAGAAAUGAUACGACAGCCAUGGCCGCUGGAAGCUACCAGCUCGAUAUCGAGGACCGCUUUCCUGUCACUGAGUAUGGGGGUACAAAGUCGAUACUAAUAUCCACCCGGACCGUCAUUGGUGGCCAGAAUCCUUUCAUGGGGAUUGCUUAUGUCGUUGUGGGGGGCGUUUGUAUCGUGCUAGGCGCCCUUUUUACUAUUGCCCAUUUAGUACGACCCAGAAAACUUGGUGAUCAUACCUAUCUGACCUGGAAUAAUGAUCACGAUAGCUCUGCUACUUCCACAGGAAGAGACGGGAGGCUUGGAUCUCACGCUCCAUAGGAAGUAAUCGCUCAUUAUAUUGAACGCCUCUCGGUCUUCGCAACAGUAAUGCAUCGUCUCUCUUCCUGUGUCCAAGGCUAUUUGUUAUAUGGUGAUCGCAAUGUUUAAAAUGAUUCCUGAUGCUCUCGAUGCUUGUGCUUAUGGAGUUGCCUAACUUGUACUCAUUUCUAUUUACACCAAAGUGAUGAACCUCUUAUCAAACAGUUUGCUGUUUACUCAACAUGAAUGAAGAGGAAAUAUUUCUGUUAUUUCUGCUCGGGCAUUUACCCCUUGUUACAGCAUUCUUGAGG